UCGUCACUGAUCAUGGCUGUCAAUUCAAGGACCGACAAUUCAUUUCCUCUGCAAAUACGCAACACACCUCAGAGUGGCUGAUUAAAUCCAUGUCAAACAAAACCGUCUCUUUACAAUGGCAAAUAAAAAAACGUUUUCAAAUCAGGGAAACUUACUUGUCGUCAACGGCAUUAUUUGCCUAUUUGCCCAUGAGGGUCUCGUGGUGUCCACCCAAAACGAUUCAUAUUCAUUGAAAAAAUGCUAAAAUGCGCUUGACAAGGCUGUACAAUCAUAUCGACAUUCAUAUCAUGCUUCUCAAGAAACCGUCUUUUCCCAUAGCAAAACCCAGCAAAUCGUAUCUCAUUCCCAUUUCCUGACUCGCUCUCUUCUAUCUUCCUUCCAAAGAACCAAGAUCCAGAUCUUCUCGUCCAAGUCAAUCACUGCCUAUGUGGACGGCAUAUUCUCGAUCAUGUGUGGGGUAACGGAGCAUGUACUGCCUCCAGAUGAUUUCUAUUGGUUUCAUAAUGGAUCCAAGAUUGACUUCACCUCACAUCGAGGAGGAGGCAUCUCUCUCGAGAACAUCCAGCAUCGCAAAUCUUCGUCAUCGUUGCUCAAGAUCGUUUAUUCAACCUUCGAGGAUUCAGGCUUGUAUGAGUGUCAACCGGUGGGCGGAUUCGAAGAUGCCAUUGUAUUAAGAAACUUUUCCGUGGUUCAUGUGGAAGAAAGACCCAAACCAUUCUUAUUCUUCUCCAAUGCCAAUGUCUUUCAGUCUUGGGUUUCGUUAUUGUUAUUAUGUUUGUCAGUUAUUACUAGCUUGGUAUGAAGCUGAUGCAAUAUAAGUGUGUAUCAAUGAUCAAUGCUUGUUUUUGUUGGAUGAUCUAAUCUGUCUAAUCAGAGUAGGUCAACCGGAAGAGUAAAAGAUAUUGAUAGCUUUUUUGAUGGUUGUUCAGUUCAGUUCAAUUUGGCCGGUCCAACAUGAAUGUCUCUUGGCUUUGGGUGAUCUUCUCUAGUGCUUUUGGCCUUGUAGUGUCUGCUUCUUCAGGAAACGGGUCCACAGGCUUGGUUUCGAUUUCCAAAAGAUCCGAUGACUACUCAAUUUCAUAUGAAAAAUGGAACGCCCUCGCCGUGAAACGAACCAGAACAAUCGAUGCGUUGAAGCUCAUUGAUAGUGAAAUCUAUUCAACACUUCAAAAUCUCCAAACGUCCACGGAUGAGGCUCGGUUCGCCAUCACAAAAACAACCAAGUUGUCCAAUGUGAGAUCAUUCACUUACGGCAUCACCACCAUCUUGGCUUCCUUCUUCUUAAUCGAAUUUGCCUUGGACGGCGUAGAUCGAACUAGUCUCACAGUUGGUCAACAACUCAAUGUGGCGGGCAAUUUGGGAUUUGCUUACGGAUAUGGUGGUCCUUACAUCCUAGAUGGUCAACUAACCAAUGGUGACCCUGGUUGUGGUGUUGAUGAGCUCAGAGCCACCCUGGGACCAAUCCAAAACAUGUUGAAUAAGUAUAAUAGUUUGUACGAAGCAGAUGGAAGUGUGAGCGCCACUAUUUUGCUAGAAGGCAUGGAAGAUCCUAUCAUUGCCAGAACAAUGGUAAAAGAAUUGGUGGACACCACUCGAACCUCGGUCUUUUGUCUAAUUAGUCAAAGUGGAGACGAGGCCAAUAAGUUGAGCAGCCUUUUAGGACGAUUGGAGACGGCUUUGAAUACUCGAAUGGAUCUGGUCACUUCAGUCAUUAACAUUUUGGAUGAGGAAAAUGAGCACGCCACCCUUCUGGGAUAUGAUACAAAUAUUUGGCCUCAUAGCCUUGACAGUCGGUCUACCUUGUGGUGAAAAUGGAUUUUUCGACCAGUAUAUAUUCAAUUAAUAUUUCGUUUAUUUAUGUCUCUCCUAGAGCCACUAUACUAUAGUGGCUCUAGUCUCUGCAGUUAAUGAUCAUAAAGAAACU